AUGGACGAGCGUGUGCUCGCGCUCCUUGCCCGCGUCAACGUGCUCACCACGCUCGUCCCACACCGCGCGGACGCCCUCGAGCAGCCCGAGUUCCGCGGAUUCCAGCUCGCGCCCUGGGCCCGCCAUGAGCAGCGCAAGCAGUGGCCAACCGAGUGGCGCUGGCAGUACGACUCGCGCGGCAACGCGAACCCGACGAACACCUCGCGCGGCGUGUCUUAUGAGUUUACGCUCGGGAUCGGCGUCACGCGCAACUAUGUGGAGCUCCCGACUGUCAUCAAGCAAGGCGCUCUGAGCAUCAGGAUCGGCGGUCAGGUCCAGCUUAGCAUCUCGCUGCAGGACUCGAAGUCCUACGCGCACGGCCCCGUCUCCCGUCCUACCGCUCCCGCUGUGCUCACCGCUCCCGUCCCCCUUGCACGGUCCGCGACGCCCGCGGACCCCGCCAAGCUCCUCGCCGACGCGUUCCCGCCCAAGGUGGACCUCGACGGGCUCGUGCGCGAGCUCCGCGCGUUCGAGGGCGCAUGGCGGUACUGCUUCCCGCUCGCGAGCCUGGUCUUCCACGCGGACGGGGACCUGCUUUUUGAGCUCCGCCAGCACGGCACGGGCGCGGGUGAAGGCGACGGCGGGCGGCGGCUCCCCCAUCGGAAGCGGGCGCCGCUCGCGUUCGCGAGUGGGACUGCGCCCGAGUUGCUGCGGCUCGCCACCCCGCGCGUCGGGGCUGGGGUGGCGAACGGGAGCGGGGCGUACAACGGUAGUGGCAACCCGAUCUUGAAGGAGUCGAUUGGUGCCGCCCUGGAGUCCCCUGAGCAUGCUCCGAGCAAGCUCGAGGUGGGGGACGAGUUGCAGGCCUCCAUUAGCGUCUCGGAGUGA